AUCGAUCAAACAGGGGGAAAAAAUGAGCGUUUAUAUUUCUGACCAAUCACAGAGAGGUACUUCCUCUGUCGUCACCGCCGGUCUGUUCCGGCUGCUGUAAUAAAUAGUCAUGUGAACAGAGAGCAGUUUCCAGAGCAACGGACAGAGCAACGGACAGAGAUAUGAUGUUGUGUGUUGCAGUGUGUGUGUUGGCCCUCUCUGGUCUAGUCCACGCGGGACCAUCUGCUGUCAGGGUCUCUGACGUCCAGCGACGCUCCGUUAAACUGCACCACAAGCUGGACCCUGAAGUGCACAUGAACAUCUCGGAGAUCAUCAGGUACUGGGGUUAUCCUGCAGAAGAACACGAGGUGCUGACAGAGGACGGGUACAUCCUGACUCUCAACAGGAUCCCACAGGGACGCAAACACACUGAAGGUUCUCGGCCGGCGGUGUUCCUGCAGCACGGCCUCCUGGCGGCGGGCAGUAACUGGAUCACCAACCUGCCAAACUCCAGUCUGGGCUACGUGCUCGCCGACGCCGGCUACGAUGUCUGGAUAGGAAACAGCCGAGGAAACACCUGGUCCAGGAAACACCACACACUCACACCUGACCAGGACGACUUCUGGAGGUUCAGUUAUGAUGAGAUGGCUCUGAAGGAUCUUCCUGCUGUUAUAAACUACGUCCUGAAGGUGACGAGUCAGGAACAGAUUUAUUACGUCGGACACUCUCAAGGGACAACUAUAGCAUUCAUAGCAUUCUCCACGCUGCCAGAACUGGCCAGUAAGAUCAAGAUGUUCUUCGGUUUGGCUCCCGUAGCAACCGCCUCCUUCACCGAGAGCGCCAUGACCAAACUGACCUUCCUGCCAGAGUUCCUCAUCUGGGAAGUGUUUGGUAGGCAGGACUUUCUGCCUCAGAGUCACAUGAUCGAGUGGUUUUCAGAACACGUGUGUGCGAAGCAGCUGCUCAACGAGUUGUGUGGGAACCUGUUCUUCGUCCUGUGUGGCUUCGACCGAGAAAACCUCAACAUGACUCGGACUCCGGUCUACACUGAACACUGUCCUGCUGGGACCUCAGUCCAGAACAUGAUCCACUGGUCCCAGGCUGUUCACACAGGGAAGCUGAUGGCUUUUGACUUUGGAUAUACAGGAAACAUGAAACACUACAACCAGUCCACACCCCCUGAGUACAACGUCCCGGACAUGAAGGUUCCCACCGCUCUGUUUUCGGGGGGACGGGAUACGCUGGCGGACCCCAAAGAUAUAGCCAUCCUCCUCACGCAGGUGUCUAACCUGGUCUUCCAUCGGCACAUCGAACACUGGGAUCAUCUGGAUUUUAUUUGGGGUCUGGACGCUCCUGAGCAGAUGUUUCCCUUCAUCCUGAAGCUGAUGCAGGAGCACCAGUAGAGGGCGCUAUGCUGACACUAUGAUGAUGUACACGUCUGUGCUACAGUCAGGGGACCACAGUCUGAGGAUCACAGUACUGUACACGAGCAGAUGUUCUCCAGGUUUUAAUGAGGACUGUGGACUGUGUGUGUUUGUUUGUUUGUUUGUUUGUGUGUGUGUGUGUGUGUGUGUGUGUGUGUGUGUGGAUUUAAACACAUUGUACACACCUUACAGCCACAUCACACUGUUUGUUUUUACUGUUUUUACUCAAAUUUCAAACUAAAAGUAAAAAUGUAGUCUGUUUUAAACUCAAAUAAGCUUUAUUGGCCUGAAUAUUUUUUGACACUGAUGCUGAAGCAAAAUGCCCAUGAAGUAUAACACAUAAAAAUACUUACUGUGCAGAAUGUUUCGUUAUUAUAGAUUAUGAUAUUUUAUUAGUUUUUCACCAAUCAGUGCAUUUUAACUUGUACUUCAUCAACGUGGAGACAGUUUUAGAUAUUUUAUCUACCAAUAGGUGGAUUAUUAUUAUUAUAGUUCUGCAUCAUAUCAGUUUUUUUUUAAUAUAAAUGUAACUAUCAGGCAAACUAAUGCGGUAAAAGUCUAAUAUUUCCCUCUGAAAUGUGGAGUAGAAAUAUAAAGUAGCAUGAAGCGUAAAUACUCAAAUAAAGUACAAGUACUACUGAACUACAGUAUCUGAGUAAAAGUACUUUCCACCACUGAAGACUGAAGACAUCUCAUCAGUCUCAGCUGUACUUUGUGUUUACUGCUUAUUAGCUAAUGUUAGCAUGCUAACCAUCAGCAAGUUAGCAUUAUUUCUGUUAGCGUUAUCACUUUUAGCAUUAUCAUUGUUAGCAUGUUAGCAGUUGGUGUGUUUGAGGAGUUCAUCUGUUGAAACAGUCCGUCCUGUGACCUGCUGCUCAUGAACGCACCUAAAAACAACAUCCUGAAGCUGUUUAUUGAUUUUAUGUCAGAUUUUAUUUCAACAAGUCGAAACUGUUUAAUUUUUCAUUAAUCCGUCACGUGACCAGCUGGAACAUAGUCACUUGUGUUUAUAUCUGUGUUUUAUUUUGUGUUUUACUCUGUAUAAAAACCUGUGUAUUUGUUUCUAUGUCCGACGUGUUUUUUUAAUGCUAACCAAACAAACCUGUGUAUGAUUUUUUUCUUCAGUUUGUAAUUAACAGAACUUUUAUUGUGAAAAUCCUGUCAGACAGAUGUGUGAAGAAGCUCAGUGAAUCUGCUGAAAGCUGAACUUUGUUUUUGUAGGGAGACGUCAGAGGUUUUCUCAUUCAACAGAGUUUGAUCACAGCACCAUCUGGUGGACAUCAGAGGAACUGCAGCUCGAAGCGUGGUUAAAAAAAUACAACAAGGUGCUAAUGUUAGCAUCCAACCUCAGCUCAUGUUGAUGUUAGCAUGUUAGCGUCUCAAAACGUUUCCAACAUUUUAAAUACGUGUUAAGUAUUAGUUAAAGGACCUGUCAAUCAAUGUUGGGGGGGACGCAAUAUCCAAUUAUGUGGUUUGAAUUGUCGUGGGCGGGACUAAACUUUUAUUUAGAUAAUGGCUUUAAAAUAAUUUCAGCAACAUAUCUUAAUCUAUUGUAUUUUUGCUAAUUAUGAACCAGUUUUUGAUGAAACUGUCUAAUAAAUCUGAGAAACAA